GAGGCAGCCAUUUUGCAGACGUCAGCCAAAAAUUGUUUUUACUCAGCUCCGUGGAACGGUAGAGGGAGGAAGAAAAGAUACAAGCAAAAAUGGCGAAUUUUGCUCUGCGACUGCCAUCAACAAACUUCAGGAGCUUCUCCAUCUCAGCAUCAUCCAACGGGGCUGCUCCUGGUAAUCAUAUUGGUAAAUCACAAAACGGUGGCCCAGUGAUUUUGGAGCUCCCACUGGAUAAAAUAAGGAGACCCCUUCUGCGAACCAGAGCUAAUGAUCCAAACAAAGUCCAGGAACUCAUGGACAGUAUUAAACAAAUUGGUCUUCAAGUCCCUAUUGAUGUGCUUGAGGUUGAUGGAGUUUACUAUGGAUUCUCAGGCUGUCAUCGGUAUGAAGCACAUCAGCGGCUUGGUCUCCCAACAAUCCGCUGCAAAGUUCGACGUGGAACAAAAGAAACUCUCAGGCAUCAUCUUCGGUGAGUCUUAGCUGAUGGAAUGAUGUAUGCGAAUUUGCAAAUCUUCUUGCAAGCAUUAAUUGUGAUGCUCUGUGGUAGUCUCACCAGAUAUUUAUGAGUAUGUAUAUGCAGUUUCAGCAAUGUAUAGUUAUCAAAUGUUACUGGCUUCGUCAUAAGCUGCUGCUAUUUCUGACUGCAAUUUGUAUUUACAAAAAGCAAACACAAUCAAGUGAAAAAUUACAUGAGUCUUUAUCUA